AUGCGAACUAGCAGCUGCGUUUUUUUGAUCAUUUUUUUUUUGCUCUUUUUGAGGUACGGGGGUGGAAUUAAGAAAAAGAGAGGGAUAAAUAAAAAAAAUGGAGCUUUUUUAAAUAAGGGGCUAAAAUAUAUUAACAGUAAAAUCAUAAGUAGAAGAAAAGAAAACUAUGUAAAGAUGAAAAUGACAGAGAAUAAAGUAAAAGGAAAAGACAUAAUAUAUGGUAAUGAAUGCCGUAAUGAAUUAUUAAAAGGAAUAUUAACAGUGUCAGAUGUAGUAAAGUUGACCUUAGGACCUAGAGGUAGAAAUGUGUUAUUAGAAAAAGAAUAUGGUAGCCCAUUAAUAAUAAAUGAUGGUGUAACAAUAGCAAAAAAUAUUAGUUUAAAAGAUCGAAAAAAAAAUAAUGGUGUAAAAUUAAUGCAGGAAAGUACAAAUAUAUCAAAUGAUAAAGCAGGUGAUGGUACAAGUUCUACAGCUUUAAUGACAGCAACAAUAACUAAAAAAGGAAUAGAACAAGUAAAUAAUAAUCAUAAUCCUAUACCAAUACAAAGAGGUAUACAAUUAGCUUCCAAGAUGAUAAUAGAAAAAAUUAAAACGUUAUCAACACCUAUUAAAACAUAUAAAGAUAUACUCAACAUAGCAACUAUUGCAAGUAAUAACGAUAUACAUAUGGGACAAAUAAUAGCUAAUGCAUAUGACAAAUUAGGUAAAAAUGCUGCCAUAAUUUUAGAUGAUAAUGCUGAUAUUAAUGAUAAAUUAGAAUUCACAGAAGGCUAUAAUUUUGAUAGGGGUAUUAUAAAUCCUUAUCUUUUAUAUAAUGAAAAUAAAGACUAUAUUGAAUACAGUAAUGUUUCAACGCUAAUAACGGAUCAAAAUAUUGACAACAUACAGUCUAUACUACCUAUUUUAGAAAUUUUUGCCAAGAACAAACAACCACUCUGUAUCAUUGCCGAUGAUUUUAGCAAUGAAGUCCUUCAGACUCUCAUCAUUAACAAGCUCAAGGGAGCCAUCAAAGUGGUCCCUAUAAGAGCCCCUUCAUUUGGUGAUAGAAGAAAGGACUACUUAAAAGAUUUGUGUAUUGUAACAAAUAGCAAGUACAUAAGUGCAGAUGUUGGUCUGGACUUGAACAAUUUACAUAAUAAUAUGAGCAGUUUUGAUAAUAAUUAUUUAAGUCUACUGGGUAAUGCAAAUACAUUAAUAGUAAAAAAGGAUAGGACUAGUUUAAUUACAAAAGAAGAAUAUAAAGAAAAAAUAGAUGAAAGAAUAAAAGUUUUAAAAAAAGAGUACGAUGAAACAACUUCAAAAUAUGAUAAAGAAAAAUUAAAUGAACGUAUAGCUGCAUUGUCAGGUGGUAUAGCUAAAAUUCUAAUUGGUGGAAAUACAGAAACAGAACAGAAAGAAAGAAAAUUUAAAUAUGAGGAUGCAACAAAUGCUGUGAAAAGUGCAAUAGAUAUUGGUUAUGUUCCUGGGGGAGGAGUGACCUACUUAGAAAUAAUUAAAUCAAACUUUUUAAAUGAAAUACAUAAAAAAAUUGAAGAAGUUCAAUCAGUUGGGACUCAAGAAGAGAAAAAGUAUCUAGACUUAGUAGGUAAUCUAGAAUCAGAAAUAGAAUUACAAAAAAUGGGAGCUAAUAUUGUUGUAAGCAGUUUAGAUGUCAUUACUAAACAAAUAGCUGAUAAUGCUGGUGUGAAUGGAGAUAACGUGGUUAAAAUAAUUUUGAACUCAAAGGAUAAAUAUGGUUUCGGGUAUGAUGUAAAUACCAAUAAAUUUGUAAAUAUGGUUGAAAAUGGUAUUAUCGACAGUACAAAUGUUAUUAUCAGUGUUAUUAAAAAUAGUUGUAGUAUAGCUAGUAUGGUCUUAACAACUGAGUGUAUGAUGGUAGAUAGUGAAAAAAAAAAUAAUAAAGGAAUAUUAGAUUCAACUAUUAAUUCACCUAAUUAUUUACCUAAACAAAGAAGAAAAGGAUACAAAAAUAAACUCGAAGAUGAAGAUGAGGAUGAAGAUGACUUAGACGACGAUGAAGAGGAUGAUGACGAUGAGGAAGACGAUGAUGAAGAAGAUGACGAUGAGGAGGAUGGAGACGAGGAAGAGGAAGAAGACGAUGGCUACAACUACGACGAGUGA